AUGACAAUGAUAAGACGUAUGGAAAUGGCAGCAGACAACUUGUACAAACAAAAAAUGUUCCUUGGAUUCUAUCAUUUAUCAUUAGAUCAAGAAGCAGUCGCCGGAGGAAUCGAGCAUGCAAUCAGCAAAGAAGACAAACUCAUUACAGCCUACCGCUCACAUGACAAUAUAUUGACUCGCAGUGACACCAUUCGUUCAAUUAUUGGAGAGCUUCUCGUUCGGCGUGACGGUAUAACCCAUGGAAAAGGUGGCUCGAUGCACAUGUACGCAAAGGGCUUUUUCGGAGGCAAUGGUAUUGUGGGAGCAAAUGUACCACUAGGAACUGGAAUUGCACUCGCACAACAAUACAAUGAUACGAAAAACAUCACAAUUAAUUUGUAUGGUGAUGGUGCUGCGAAUCAAUGUCAGGUUCAUGGGGCGUUCAACAUGGCGAAACUAUGGAAUUUGCCAGGAAUUUUUGGAUGCGAAAGAAUCAUUGAGCUAAUAGUCACCAUAGACAACAAGUAUGGAAUGGGGACAUCGGCAAAAAGGGCCUCUGCCUCGACCGAUUACUUCAGGCGUAGCCUAUACAUUCCAGGCUUGCGAGUUAACAGAAUGGAUGUUUUGGCUGUCCUUUCUGCCGCCAGACAUGGACGAAACUUUGUGAAAGCUGGAAAUGGUCCCCUUGUCUAUGAGUAUGCCACUUAUCUAUAUGCUGGGCACUCUAUGUCAGAUCCAGGAAUAGCCUACCGAACUCGCGAGGAGCUGCAGGAAGAACGACAGAACGAUCCUAUCUCAAAUCUCAAAGCCAAAUUAAUUGAGUGGGGCAUAUUAUCAGACGAAGAAGUAAAAGCUAUUGACAAAGAUGUGCGAGCUUUGGUUAAUCACGAAGUUUGA